AUGACGCCCAACACAGCAGCCUCACCAGCAGCCGAAGUACAAAACCUCCUCCGCUUCCUCUCCCAGGAUGCCCGCGUCCCCCUCUCCACCGCUCUCUCCAAGAUCAACGACCUCCGCAAAGCCAAACUCAACACCCCCGAAGCAAUUUCAAAAACUAGCGUCACUUCCAUCAGCCGCGUGUUCUCCGGCGACGAGAAGCUAGCCAAGCAAAUCCUCGCAGCAGCAAAGCGUGCCUCGAAUCCCAAGUCCAAAAAGCGCUCUGCUUCUGGUAAUGGGGAUGGGCAAGUGGCAUCAAAGCGGGCGAAGGGCCCAAAUGGUUAUUCGCAGCAGCAGUCCCCAGCCGAGCUGGAAGCAUCCCUCGCCCUCCCUACCUCGACUCUGUCACUUUUAGAGUUACAAUCCAUAACUGUGCAGACGAACCGCGCGCCCCUCUUUCUGGCCUUUGCGGUGACGCUGCUGAAAUACACGAUGCCGGAGCAGCCGUUGAGUAGUCGGUUAAGCCUUGCCCAGGCGGUCGUUAGUGCGAACAGCAGGACGAAGGCGAAGAGUAUCGGGUUGGUUGAUGGGAAGAGUGCGGAGGAUGAGGGGUGGGGGCAUGGACAGCCCAAAGUGAGAGUGAUGGGGAGGAUGGUGUCGGUGAUGAGAAGGCACGGAUAUUUUCUUGACGGGAAUAGAGAGGAUGGUGGAGGUCAAGGAGAAGAUAGGAACGAUGGAGAUGGGAUUAAACAAGAAAUAAAAGAUGAAGGAAAUGAGGCCCCGGUAAAACAAUACCAGCGGUUCCCAGAGGAGAGUAUGGAGAGCAAGGAGCUUCCCUUAUGGGGUCUCGACCUCGAAGCCCUCAAAAAGCUCAACAGCAACAUCAACAGCUCACCACCUGUCCUCGCCCCCUCGAGCAACAAGACCUCUGCCAACGCGAAUCCAGGCCUACCAAUCCACACCCCCCAAUCCGCACGUUCCUACCUCCUCAAAUCCUUCACCCAGGUCCAAGACCAAUCUCGAAUCCAAGACCCCUCUUCAACCAGCUCAGACCCGUCAAAACCCGCACCCUCGUCACCUAACCCGCCUCCUAAAUCCGUAACCAUCUCCUCUCAAAAAGGGAAAUCGGGAGCCCCUCCCUCAUCAUCCCAACUCGCCUCGCAAAAAGAGGAAGCCCUGUCCCACGUCCUCGCUGCGCUGGAUAUCCUCUUCUCUUCCUGGGCUCGCGAGACGGUCGUAGAGCGACAAGAACUGGACAGAAGAGCAUGGGAUUUCUACAUCCGCGUCCGACCAGACGUCGAGGCGGGAGUUGGUGGGUGGGGCCAGAAGGGACAUGUACCGCUCAGGCGAAUCUUGGAGCUUAGGAAGUUAGAAGAGGUGGGGGCGAAGUUGGGAGAGGGAUAA